GAUAUAAUAUGUUCUUCCCUUCUUUAUUUUGCAAUUAAUCAACAAGUAGUCAUAAGCUAUAGAGUACUUGAAUCAUUUUAUAUUCCUACUAUUUGGGGCUGGGUAUUUACUUGGAGGUGUUAGCUUUCAAUAAGCAAUAGAUACUUAAAGAAGGAAAAAUACACCCUUUUAACAUCUUUUUAGUUAUCAUUUUGAGGACUUCGAAGAAAAGCGAACCAUUGUCGUUUUCUGCUGUUACUCAUAUCUAGAAGUACAAUCUUUGUGCUAUUUUUUAGGCUGAUGCUACAAGAGUAAAGAUGUCUAUUGCAAAUGAAUCUCCAGCUGCUUGUGAUAAUGUAGCAGAAUUUUAAAUUGCACAAGAAGAGGAUAGAGUCAUAGAGAUAUGUGUAUAGCUCCAAGGUUGAUAACUAUUAAAAAACAUUGGCGUUUUGCAUUCACAUAGGCAAACUAGCAAAGAAUGGUUGCAAGCUAUGGAGAGCUUUGAAGUAGGGGAGAUACCAUGUCGUAUUGCUUUGAGGGGAUUAAGCUGUUAGGUGCUUCCCUGUCGAAGUGUUGUGAAAGGCAAUCAACGGGCCUUGAAGAUCCUGAGAUUCUUGCACGAGAAACUGUUUUUAGCGUCAGUGAGAUCGAAGCUCUUUAUGAGCUUUUUGAGAAGAUUAGCAGCGCAGUGAUUGAUGAUGGCCUGAUCAACAAGGAAGAGUUUCAAUUGGCACUAUUCAAGACAAGCAAAAAAGAGAGCUUGUUUGCUGACAGGGUCUUUGACUUGUUUGACACAAAGCACAAUGGACUCUUGGGAUUUGAAGAGUUUGCCCGUGCACUCUCUGUUUUCCAUCCAAAUGCCCCUAUCGAUGAUAAGAUUGAGUUUUCUUUUCAGCUAUAUGAUCUCAAGCAGCAAGGCUUCAUCGAGAGGCAAGAGGUGAAGCAAAUGGUGGUUGCUACCCUGGCCGAGACUGGUAUGAACCUUUCAGAUGAAAUUAUUGAGAGUAUAAUCGACAAGACUUUUGAAGAAGCUGAUACCAAACAUGACGGAAAGAUUGAUAAGGAAGAGUGGAGAAAUUUGGUCCUGCGACAUCCUUCACUUCUGAAGAAUAUGACCCUUCAGUAUCUCAAGGACAUUACAACUACAUUCCCAAGUUUUGUCUUUCACUCAAGAGUACCGGAUACCUGAUAUGGAAUUGGUAAGCAGAAUUUCCCAUAGACGUAGUCUUUCUCUCAAGAGUACCGGAUACCUGAUAUGAGAGUUGCAGUUCAACGAUGAAACCGUAGUAGUAGUAGUAGUAGUAUUUUUUGCUCAUCUAUUUUAUGUUCGAUGGUUUCAUAAUUUGUUAUUCUUUCUGAGAGCAGUGUGGUUGUGUAUUCUUGUUACUGCUGAACAAAUGUUGAGUUCCCUUGUUGAUGUUGUGCAUCAUUGUAAUUUAAUUUGCUCGUUGUUGCUCAUUAUUUGGCGUCUUUUGGCCUGAGAUGAGUUUAAAUGGAGGGAGAACUAUCAUUAAUCAGGA